UCGCAAGUUGGCGCGGUAUGUGUAUGGCACAUGAAAAAAGCUAGAGCUAUGGCGGCUGCUGCUCCAGCAGCAGGCAAAGUCGUCUCUUUCUUGCAUGCAAAGCCAGGCCCGCCCGACCAUGGCCAUCAUCACCACCGCGCGCUCUCUCUUCUCCACUCCACUCUCCCUGUCCUCCACCACCACCUCCUCCUCCUUCCGAGCCUCUCAUCAUGAUGUGCAUGCACCAGUGCAACGCCGCCAUUACCUUUCCUUCCUCCAUUUUACCAUCGCCUCCCCUCCUCACACCGCCGACACCUCCACCAUCAUGGCCGCACAGGUCCCCUUCCAUGGCCUCCUGCUUCUGCUCCCGCUCCUCACCAUCACCGCCGCGUCGUCGGCGCCGCUCCCUCUGCUCGCGCUUCUCUCUCUCAAGUCCUCCCUGAACGACCCGGCCGGCGCGCUCAGUCCAUGGACGUACGCCGCGGCGGCCUCCUCAGGCGCCACCCGGUCGCUCUCCCCUCCGUGGUGCGCAUGGCCUGGUGUCGUGUGUGACGCGGCCACCGGCGACGUCGUCGGGGUCGAUCUGUCUCGCCGCAACCUAUCCGGCACCGUCUCCCCCACGGCCGCCGCGCUGCUCGCGCCGACGCUGGCUUCGCUCAACCUCAGCUGGAACGCCUUCACGGGGGAGCUCCCGCCAGCGGUGUUCUUGCUCCGUCGUCUUGUGAAGCUUGACAUCAGCCACAACUUCUUCAACUCCACCUUCCCCGACGGCAUUGCCCGGCUCGGCUCCCUCGCCGUCCUCGACGCCUACAGCAACUGCUUCGUGGGCCAGCUUCCCCGCGGCAUCGGGGAGCUCCAGAGGCUCGAGCACCUCAACCUCGGGGGCAGUUUCUUCAAUGGGAGCAUUCCGGUCGAGGUUGGGCAGCUUCCGCAGCUACGCUUCCUGCACCUCGCCGGGAACGCCCUUUCGGGGCGGCUGCCGAGGGAGCUUGGCGAGCUCACGCUGCUCAAACACCUUGAGAUCGGGUAUAAUGGCUACAAUGGUAGCAUACCAGCGGAGUUUGGUGGGCUAAAGCAGCUGCAGUACCUCGACAUCGCCGCGGCAAACGUGUCCGGCCCGCUUCCGCCGGAGCUCGGCGGGCUCGCGCGGCUCGAAUUUCUGUUUCUGUUCAAGAACAGGCUAGCCGGCGCGAUACCUUCGCCGUGGUCGCGCCUCCAAGCGCUGCAGGUUCUUGACCUGUCGGACAACCAGCUCGCCGGAGCUAUCCCAGCCGGUCUCGGAGAGCUCGCGAAUCUCACGACGCUGAACCUCAUGAGCAACUUCCUCUCCGGCACGAUCCCGGCGACGAUCGGUGAGCUUCCCAACCUCGAGGUGCUGCAACUGUGGAACAACUCACUCGUCGGGAGGCUGCCGGAGUCGCUCGGUACGAGCGGGCGGCUCGUUCGCCUGGACGUGUCGACCAACUCCCUCUCCGGCCCGAUCCCGUCGGGACUCUGCACCGGUCACCGUCUCCUCCGCCUCAUACUCUUCGCCAACCGAUUUGACUCCGCCAUCCCGGCGAGCCUCGCCAACUGCUCGUCGCUGUGGCGUGUUCGGCUCGAGUCCAACCGGCUCUCCGGCACGAUUCCGUCCGGCUUCGGCGCAGUGCAGAACCUGACGUACAUGGACUUGAGCUCCAACGAGCUCACCGGCGGCAUUCCGGCUGAUCUGGUCAUUUCCCCGAGCCUCGAGUACCUCAACGUCUCCGGCAACCCGAUCGGCGGUACGCUUCCUAGCAAUACGUGGCGGGCAGCGAAGCUUCAAGUCUUGGCGGCGAGCAAGUGCGCUCUGGACGGCGAAAUCCCGCCGUUUGGCACCUCCGGGUGCGCAAACUUGUACAGGCUGGAGCUGGCCUGGAAUGAGCUGAGCGGCGCGGUCCCCGGUGACAUUGGCAGCUGCAAGCGGCUGGUGAGCUUGAGGCUGCAGCACAACAACCUGAGUGGGGAGAUCCCAGCGGUGCUCGCGGCGCUGCCGUCGGUCACCGAGGUGGACCUCUCCUGGAACGCCCUCACCGGCAGCAUCCCGCCGGGCGUCGCCAACUGUACUACGCUGGAGACCUUCGACGUGUCUUUCAACCAUUUAGCACCGGUUGGGACGCCCUCCGGGUCGCCCAACCACGGCGAGGGCGGUUCAGCGUGGCGCACCGCUGCAAUGUGGGUGUCGGCCGUGGCAGUGGCGUUCGCCGGGAUGGUGGUGCUGGCGCUCACCGCGCGCUGGCUGCAGUGUCUGGAGGACGACUCGGUGGCGGCGAGCACUGGCGGAGCGGGAGGGGCACGCCCUAACGUAGUCGUCGGGCCGUGGAGGAUGACCGCGUUCCAGAGGCUGAGCUUCACAGCGGACGACGUGGCACGGUGUGUCGAGGGGAGCGACGGCAUCGUCGGCGCCGGGUCGUCGGGAACGGUGUACCGGGCGAAGAUGCUCAAUGGCGAGGUCAUCGCCGUGAAGAAGCUAUGGCAAGCCCCGGCGCAAAAGGAGACAGCCGCAGAUCACGCGGCCAUGCAAAUGGACACACAAGACGGCGGCGACGGCAAUGAGAGGGUGCUCGCCGAGGUGGAGAUGCUCGGCCACCUGCGCCACCGCAACAUCGUUCGGCUGCUCGGGUGGUGCACAAACGGCGAGACGACGAUGCUGCUCUACGAGUACAUGCCCAACGGCAGCCUCGACGAGCUCCUUCACGGCGCCACCGCGGGAAAGACGCCGAAGGCGCGGCCGGAGUGGGACGCGCGGUACAGAAUCGCCGUGGGCGUGGCGCAGGGCGUGAGCUACCUCCACCACGACUGCCUGCCCGCGGUGGCGCACCGCGACCUCAAGCCCAGCAACAUCCUCCUCGACGCCGACAUGGAGGCCCGCGUGGCCGACUUCGGCGUUGCCAAGGCUCUCCAGGGCGCCGCGCCAAUGUCCGUCGUUGCCGGCUCCUGCGGCUACAUCGCACCAGAGUACACGUACACACUGCGCGUGGACGAGAAGAGCGACGUGUACAGCUACGGCGUGGUGCUGCUGGAGAUUCUUACCGGGCGGAAGUCGGUGGAGGCGGAGUACGGGGAGGGCAGCAACAUUGUGGACUGGGUGAGAUCCAAGGUCGCCGGCGGCGGCGGCGGCUUGCGCGACGUGAUGGAGCACGUCAGCAGCAACAGCGAGCCGGCGCGGGAGGAAAUGGCGCUGGUGCUGCGGGUGGCGCUGCUGUGCACGAGCCGGUGCCCGCAGGACAGGCCGUCGAUGAGGGACGUGCUGUCCAUGCUGCAGGAGGCCAGGCCCAAGCCCAGCCGGAAACCGGCGGCGAAGAAGCUAGUGCCGUAGAUGGUGAUGGGCUCCGGCACAAAUUACGUGCUAGCUGUACGGUGUACCGCGUAGUUAACUCACAAAACAGCGCUCGUGUCAUGUGCAUUUUGUGUACCAUACUACCAGUGCCCUGAGUGAGCUUUAACCGUUUGUAUUCAAGCGUUCGUGUCAGUAUCACCGUGGUAUUGUAUUUGCCCUCUCGAUAAAGGAUGUGGUUUAUGUGCAA